AUGUCUCCAAAAGGAACACGGGGCACCUCUUCGAGCUCCCCGCAGAUCAGCUCUUCCUCAUCCCAAUCCCCAUCCCAAUCCCAAUCCACCGCAGUUUCGAGGAUACGGAAUAUUGCAAACCACAUGAUGGCAUCACCAAGCACAAUCUUCACGGCCGAUGUCGUUCCUCAAGCCCCAGAAGACCCUCUCUUUGGGCUGAUGGCAGCCUACAGGGCCGAUGAAAGCCCCGACAAGGUCGACUUGGGAAUUGGUGCAUACCGGGACGACAACGCAAAGCCCUGGGUGCUUCCUGUUGUCAAGAAGGCUGAUGAAAUUAUCCGCAACGAUCCCAGUGCCAACCAUGAGUAUCUUCCGAUCGCCGGUCUGGCCUCCUUCACCAGCAAGGCUUGCGAGCUGAUGCUCGGCGCCGACACACCCGCCAAAGGUCGCGUCACAUCUAUGCAGACCAUCUCCGGCACUGGAGCUCUGCACCUCGGAGCCCUCUUCCUGCAGAAGUUCUAUCGCAAGGUCUAUGGCGACUCGGUCGUGUACCUGUCGAACCCCACCUGGGCAAACCACAACCAAAUCUUCUCCAACGUCCAAGUGCCGACGACGACGUACCCAUACUUUGACAAGGGCACCAAGGGACUUGAUUUCGAAGGCAUGAAGGCUGCGUUGAGCAAUGCCGCAGAACACUCCAUCAUCCUUCUGCACGCCUGUGCACACAAUCCCACCGGUGUUGACCCCACGCAGGACCAGUGGCGUGAGAUUGCCGAGAUCAUGAAGGCCAAAAAGCACUUCCCCUUCUUCGAUUGCGCUUACCAGGGCUUCGCUUCGGGCGAUCUGGACCGCGAUGCCUGGGCCGUUCGCUACUUUGUCGAACAGGGAUUCGAGCUUGUCAUUGCCCAGUCUUUCGCCAAGAACUUUGGCUUGUACGGUGAGCGGGCGGGCUGCUUCCACUACGUGUCUGCGCCCGAAGCCCAGGCUGCCGAAACGACCAAGAGGGUCGCCUCACAACUCGCCAUCCUCCAGCGCUCCGAAAUCUCGAACCCGCCGAUCUACGGCGCUCGCGUCGCCAGCAUCGUUCUCAACGACCCCGCGCUUAUGGCUGAGUGGAGGGAAAAUCUGAGGACCAUGUCGGGCCGUAUCAUCACUAUGCGCAAGGAGCUGCGGGCGAAGCUCGAAGCGCUGGGCACCCCCGGCACAUGGAACCACAUUACGGACCAGAUCGGCAUGUUCAGCUUCACGGGUCUGACCGAGGCCCAGGUCCUCAAGAUCCGGAGCGACUAUCACGUCUACAUGACCAAGAAUGGUCGUAUCAGCAUGGCGGGACUCAAUUCGCGCAACAUUGACUAUUUUGCCAAGGCUGUUGAUAAGGUGGUGAGGGAGACGCAGUGA